AGGAGACUUCUGACUGCCAAUAGCAAUUGAGGACACCUCCUGCUUGUAGGAGAACUUUCCAUUCAAUGCACUGUAGCUGCUGAAACAUCAUUCAAAUCAUAUUAGUAGUAUAGUUCUUUGGGAGAGAAACUUUGUCAUAUUGUCUCAGUCUAGGGAAAAGUUUUUGUUUUUUUAAAACAUGAGAAGGGGAGAGAUCCUUGCACUGUUUAUAUGGAUGCACAGUCUGCUGGAUAGCUACAAAGUCAUAGCUACUACUGAGCCAACCACUGCAAUUGCAAAUAUCGUCGGGAAGAAAACUGAUUUCAAAGACAUUGAAAGCAAAUUUGCACUGCGUACUCCGAAUGAGCCAGAUGAAGACACCUGUUACCUUAUCCCUGGACAAGAACACUCUAUUGCAGAAUGCAACUUCAACCAAACAAGUAAAACAUUUGUGGUUAUACAUGGAUGGACGGUAACUGGCAUGUAUGAGAGUUGGGUCCCUAAAUUAGUAGAUGCCCUAUAUAGAAGAGAGCCAGACUCAAAUGUGAUUGUAGUAGAUUGGCUAUCUCGAGCACAGCAGCACUACCCAGUUUCAGCUGGAUACACACAACUGGUGGGACAGGAUGUCGCAAGUUUCAUUGACUGGAUGGAAGAAGAGCUCAACUAUCCUGUGGACAACAUUCACAUUUUGGGAUAUAGUCUUGGUGCUCAUGCAGCAGGUGUUGCUGGAAGUCUCACCAAAAAUAAAGUUAACAGAAUAACAGGUUUGGAUCCAGCUGGGCCGAGUUUUGAAUAUGCCGAAACUUCAGUGACUUUGUCUCCUGAUGAUGCUUAUUUUGUGGAUGUGGUGCAUACAUACAGUGUGGGUACCCCAGACCGUAGCAUAGGCAUCCAAAGGCCUGUUGGACAUAUUGAUAUUUACCCAAAUGGUGGAAACUUUCAGCCAGGAUGCAAUAUUGGAGAAACAAUUCGGCUAAUGGCAGAAAAAGGUCUACGGGGCUUUACAGAAAUGGACCAGAUUGUGAAGUGCUCCCAUGAACGCUCCAUCCACCUCUUCAUUGACUCACUUCUUAAUGAAGAGAAACCGAGCAUGGCCUAUCGUUGCAAUUCAAAGGAAGCCUUUGAUAAAGGACUUUGUCUAAGCUGCAGAAAGAAUCGCUGUAAUACAUUGGGUUACAAAGUCAAUAAGAUACGUGGGAAAAGAAGUGCCAAGAUGUUCAUGAAAACUAGUUCUCAGAUGCCUUUUAAAGUGUUCCACUAUCAAGUGAAAGUCCAUUUCUUUGGAAAGAAUAACUUAACUGUUACCAACCAACCUUUACUGGUCUCCUUGUAUGGUACUAAAGGGGAAAGUGAAAACAGGCCACUCCGACUGGCUGAAAUGUCUACAAACAAAACCUAUUCAUAUUUGAUCUUCACUGAACUGGAUGUAGGUGAGCUGUUGAUGUUGAAAGUUAAAUGGGAGAAGGAAUCAUUCUUCAGCUGGUCAGACUGGUUUACAGCAUACGCAUUCGAUAUUCAGAAGAUCAGGAUAAAGUCGGGAGAGUUGCAGAAAAAGUUAAUUUUUUGUCCUGAGAAUGGGAAGCAUGCAACUCUUACAAGAGGAAAAGGCUCAGUGGUAUUUGUGAGGUGUAAUGAAAACUCCAUUGUGAAGAAUCAUAAAUGAUAUGAAGAAGAUUUCUGCACUUAGAAGCACAUGUUACUUGAUGGUAUUGAAGCUCUGAAGAACAAGAACAUCUUUGGUUUCUACUCAGCCCUGUUUACCUUUAAAUUAAGUCUGUAGACAUUUCAUAGUAGACACAAGUAAACCGAUGAGAAGCAUAAGACCAACCUCUUUAUUUUGCACAAAUGUAUGACAGUUACAUUAUGCUGUACAAGCCAUUUCCAUUCCAAGCAAUGCAAGCUGUCUGUGAAUUGUGUUAAUGUAUUUUUUAAAUAGAUAUUAGACAAUCAAAAUGUAUUAUUGAAUAGUAUAUGCUCAUUCCAUGCUGUUUAUGCACUGGGGUUUAAAUAACAAACCAAGCUUGAAAUACAGUUUAUGCUUUAUAGGAGUUACUAAUAACAUUUACAAAUUAGAGUGCUGUAUCAGCUUAACAUUUUGUAAUUUACAGAUGUUAUACAGCAAAAUAUUAAGCUGGUAUUCAUAGCAGAAAGACAUUGGUUGUGACAAAGAUUGCAGUUUUUGUUCUUUUUUUUUCCAAAGCUUAACACCAGCAAAAAAAAAGAUCUAUACUUGCAGUGAGUCUCCCUCCUCACUACAAGACUUAAAGCGGAGGUUCCGCCGUUUUUUUUUUUAAAGCCA